CUUGAUUGGCAUCUUCCUCAAUUUCUAAUCCUUUCUUUGUCUUUCCCAGUCUAUAAAUAGGAGCUUCAAAGCACAACUAAAUAUUGAAAAUCCAUCACUGCAAUAGAUUAGCUGGAGAAAAAUGAAGCUUCCUUGUUCAUUGUUGAUGGUAGUGGCAGUUUUAGUUUAUGCAAUUUUGUUUGGAGGGCAAUUGGCUUAUGCUCAGCUCACUCCAACAUUUUAUGACCAAAGUUGCCCGAAUGUCUCCUUUAUUAUACGUGAAGUCAUUCAGGAGGCCAUGCUAACUGAUCCCAGGAUCGAUGGCAGCCUCAUCAGGCUUCAUUUCCAUGACUGCUUUGUUAAUGGGUGUGAUGGAUCAAUUUUGUUGGACACCACUGAUACUAUGGAGGGUGAGAAAGAAGCUGCUGGUAAUAACAACUCAGCCAGAGGUUUUGACGUUGUUGAUAAAAUGAAGGCUAGCUUGGAGAGUGCUUGCCCUGCCACUGUUUCUUGUGCUGAUAUUCUUACUAUUGCAGCUCAAGAAUCUGUUUCUUUGGCAGGGGGGCCAACAUGGACGAAUCUACUUGGAAGAAGAGAUAGCUUAACAGCAAACAGAACUCAAGCUAACAUUAAUCUUCCAAGUCCCUUUGCAUCCCUUGAUGAGCUCAAGGCCAAUUUUGCUGCCGUGGGGCUUGAUAAUGUUUCCGAUUUAGUUGCCUUGUCCGGUGCUCACACAUUUGGACAAGCUCAAUGUCGAACUUUCAGGGAUAGAAUAUAUAACUCUCCUGAGCUACCAUUGAACUCAACCUAUAAUAUAACACUUAGCAAAAUUUGCACACAAAAUGGAACUACUGAUGGUACUGCGAGAACGCAGCUUGAUUCUACAACACCUAAUGUGUUUGAUAAUAAGUAUUUCUCUAAUCUUCAAUUUGCCAGAGGUCUUCUGGAGAGUGACCAAGUUCUAUUUUCAACCCCCGGAGCUGAUACUAUUGAAAUUGUUGACAAUUUUAGUGCUAAUCAGGCUGUAUUUUUUGAAAGCUUUGUGGAGGCUAUGAUCAGAAUGGGAAAUAUCAGCCCUUUAACAGGAACUGAAGGGGAGAUUAGAUUGAAUUGCAGCAGAAAAAAUGAAGAUACAAUUGGAGCAGGCAUUCGUCUUGUUACUUCUAUGUGAUCAUUUAAGAAGUUCUCCUGUAUCCAAAUUAAAUAAACUAAUAUGGUCUCUAGCUAGCUAGACCAUAUUUUCCUUUGUCAACUAUUUUAAAUAGUUGGAUCUUAAAGAGUGCUGUGUGGACAAUCAAUUUUACUUUUUAAUAGCAUUUUAAAAAUAAAAUAAAAAAUUGUGUGAUUAA